UAACUUCCUAGAGAAAUUUUCUCUCAUCCACUUCCCACUUCCCACUUCUAUAGAUAUAUACUCACCUACUCAUCUCUUUUAUCACUUCCCAAUCCCAUGUUACUCUCUCCUUCACUACCCAACCCAUCACACUUUCAUGGUGAGCCUUGACAUCUACUGUUGUCCUGUCUAGCCAAGAGAAAAAGAAGCAAUAAGAUGGCCACUACACAAGGCACAAUAGAAUCAUCAUCAUGGAUCUCAAAGUUUGCAUCUUCAUCAGAUGUUCACCUCAGUGUAUGUGGAGUACCCUUUACUCUGGAUAGGGAGCUUCUGGCUGCAAAAUCAGCCAAAUUAGCUGUUUUGCUGAAAGAGAAUCCAAAUGAAGAUGUCUCACAUUUACUCAGAGACAUCCCUGCUGACCCGGAAACUUUUGAGCUUGUAGCAAGAUUCUGCCAUGGUUUUGAACCAAACAUGACGACUGAGAAUGUUAUUCCUAUCUGUUGCCUAGCUUACUACCUUGGAAUGACUGAAAAUCACAGCACCAAUAAUUUACUAAAAAAGGCUCUAACCUUCUUAGAACAGCAAGUCAUUCCUAGCUGGAACAAAUCUGUCAAAGCCCUCAAGAUCAUAGGAAAUAACUUUCAACAAGCAUUGCAUCUGGGCUUGGUUGAUAUCUGUGUGGAGUCCAUUAUAUCGAAGGCAUUGGCUAAUCCUCGCCUCUUGGGUGAAUCGAUGAAAAAUUUGACAUCUGAAGGUGAUAGUGAGGAAAAUGAGCAUGGAUAUAGGGUAAAUGCAAGGAGGAAGCUCUUUGUUCUUGAUUGGCAAUCUGAAGAUUUGACAACACUGCAUAUCCGGCUCUAUGAACCAGUCAUCCGGGCAAUGAUUCAACGCCAAGUCCCGCCUGAGUAUGUGGCUUCAUCUCUGUGUGAGUAUGCAAAGAAAUGGGUCUUUUCCAGUGGCACAGGAGAGAAUGAAAUUUCAAUUUACAAGAGGAAUUCUCAAAGAGAAAUCAUUGAAGCAGUGGAGGGACUUUUGCCUGAUGAGAAAGGACUCCUUCCAUGCACAUUGCUGUUUCAAAUGCUCCGAUCAGCAAUAGAAUUGGAAGCAAACCCUGAAUGCAGAAAUCGGUUUGAGGUCAGAAUUGGAAAGCAACUAGAUGAGGUCACAGUCAGCGACCUCUUAAUACCUUCCCAAGGGUAUGCUAAAGAAGAGCAGUAUGAUACAGAAUGUGUGAGAAGGAUUUUGAAAAGUUUUUACUGCAAUUACACUGGUCCAGAUGCUUCUGGACUAAUUGCAGUGGCAGAACUUGUAGAAGAUUUAUUGGCAGAGGUCGCGAGUGACAUUGACUUAAAGACAAGCACAUUCACAUCACUUGCUGAGAUGUCAAUUGCAGCAUCGGAGGGAACACAACGAAGCUCUGAUGGUAUAUACAGGGCCAUCGAUAUCUAUUUGGACAGGCAUCGAUAUCUGACAGAAUCAGAGAGAGAGGAGGUGUGUCGGUUGUUGGAUUGCAACAAGAUGUCCCCGGAUGCUUGUGAGCAUGCUGCACAGAAUGAACGGUUGCCAUUGAGAUUGGUGGUGCAGGUAUUGUUUGUGGGACAGUUGAAGCUUAGAGACACAAUUACGAAGGAGGUAGGUUAUGAUGACAGGUUAAAACAGUUGGGGGAUGAAGAAGAAGGAGGAGAAGCAGCAAGAAACAGCAGUAGUAAAGAAGUGAUGACAGAGAUGGAGAAAAUGGGCAGCAAGGUGUUGGAGUUAGAAAGAGAAUGCUGCAUCAUGAGGGAAGAAAUUCAGGGUGGUUCCGGCAGUGGAGUGAAAAGGGAGAAAAUUAGCAUGUGGAAAGAAAUGAAGAGGAAGUUUGGGUGCAUUAGUAGCAUGCAUGACUGUAACUGCCAUGUGAAGAAGAAAAAGGUGCACCCAAGAUAGAGAGUUUCAAUGUUAACUUUCUCUCUCCUCAUAUUAUUUACACUGUAGUUAAAUCUCUCACUUUUUUCUUUUUUUUUUUUU